AUGUUGCGCAGGCACCUGUGCUAUUUACAGAAGGAGGGGACCCGGCCUUCUUCAUAUCUUGCGGCACUGUCUUCCUUUGAUUCGUUCAUGCAACAAGGAGGGUACAUAGCCUUCUUCACGUCUCGUGCAACAAGGGUGAUUGACACUGACUAUGGCAGCUUGUUGGGCGUCGUGCUCUUCAACCACUUAGAGGUAGACUUCGACGUGAAGCCCGGCGAGCGCGCCGCAUGGAUGACCGUCCAUGUGAUCGCGACGCCGGAUGUCGCUGAGGUGGAGGACCUCGAUGCCAUCUUUCGUGGUGAGGGAGGAUUCGGGUCCUCCGGCGUCUGA